AUGGCGGCACAACAAUUGUGUCGGUUCGGAGUCAGCAUUCUAAACGAUCUCUGGCUCCCAGUUGAAAAUGAUGGCUAUAUCCACUCAUCUCAUUCGACUCUUUAUAACCAGUUCGUCUCCUCUCUUCUCAAACCAUAUGCCAAAGACUGGGAUCUCGACAUUUUGAAUGAUCUUUUUGAUGAUCGUGACAGAGACAUCAUCAUUCAGCUCCAACUUUCGCCAUUUGCUACUAAAGACCACUUGUAUUGGCUCAAAGAUCAAACUGGUAUUUACACAGUUAAAACUGUUUACCACCUGCUGCAACAGUUAAAAGGCAACUGGGGUGAUGAUCCUCUGUCCAUAUUUUGGAGUUCCUUACGGCAAUUACACCUGCCACCUCAAGUAAAAGACCUUCUAUGGAGAGCUUGCAGCAGUUGUUUACCCACCAAAGUUCAACUUCAAUCCAGACAUGUUGCUAUCGACACUACUUGCUCACUUUGUCAUUCAUCUCCUGAAACUUCUCUCAAUCUUUUUUUUCAUCACGGUCUCUCCCACUGGACUGCCUCAAAAAUUGAAACAAUUUCCAUGCUUUGUUGGGCCCUCUGGCGAUGCCGUAAUGACCUCAUUUGGAAUAACAUCGAACCUUCUGUCGACAGAGUUAUCUCAUCUGCAAAACUCACUUUAGAUCAAUGGAAAAGCGCUCAAUCAUUAUCAAAGACUCUCUCUAAUAGUGCUCCUGCUACUGUAGAAAGUCUUGAGCAUUGGACUAAACCGACAUACCCAAUGAUCAAAGUUAAUGUUGAUGGGGCAACCUUCGGUGAUCAAAAAAGUUUUUGUUGGGGUUUUAUAGCACGAGACCAUGAUGGCAGCUUCUUACAGGCCUUUCAAUCAAGAAAACUUGGUUCAGUUCGUGCUGAAAUUGCUGAGGCGGUAGCAAUAAAAGAAACGCUUAGUUGGAUAAAAGGAAACAAUUGGCAGAAUGUUCAAGUGGAAUCGAAUUGUCUUAAUGUCGUUCAUGCUAUUAACAGCAAAGUCCAUGUAUUUUCUCCAUAUGGUAGUAUUAUAAACGACUCCAAAAAAACUACUUUCUAUUCUUUUUAA